CCCACAGCAAUGGUGGUAAUGAAGAGAAAACGGUUGGUACCCUACCCACCCGUUCCAUCAAAAAUAAUAAGUAAGAAAGGUGAAAAAGCUGAAAUUUGAAUUUGUGUGUACUCAUAUCAUAAGCAUAUCUUUGCUUCUUUUUGCUUUACAUGCAACCAAACCAAACACACAACAGCAAACAUAUGGUAUCAUAACCUUCGCCAUUAUUUGGCAUUGGCCCCCUCCAUCAUAUCCAUUUUUUCAUAUCCCAAGAACACAAACCUUCUCUUUUUUUUUUUUUUUUUUUUUUUUUUUUUAAUUUUUAAUAUUAUUUUCCUUUUUCUCAUUGCCGUUGACUGACCAUUCCUCUAACUUCAUCAAAUUCUCACUCUCUUUUCCACAACCACCACACACAUAAAUAGCACUGGUUUCUUUUGUAUAUAUAGACAUUAAGUAAUAUUAUUAUUCCAAAGAACAUUAUAACUAAAACAAACCAUGGCUUAUGCUUCUUCCUUAUGUUGCUGGGAUCUUCAAAACCUUGGGGUUCUCAACGCAGACAUGUCUUUAGUUAUGGAUGGAACUUCCCCAUUUUUCUCAUCUUUGGAUUCUGAUUUCUCAACUGGGUAUUUAGAGGAUGCUUUACUCGAAUUUACUGAACGUUCAAAACGACGACGACUGUUGUACACUGAUGAUCGUCAUCAAGCUAAAAUAUCGACCGACCAUCUUGCUAAGAGCUACUGGAGUGAAAACUAUGACUGUGAAAUCUCAGAGAAUUUUAGUUGGAUGAGUCACAUUACGAGUAGCCGUGGAGUUUCAGAUGAACAUAUAAACACAUCAAUAAGCAACAGCAUAAGUGAAGAGGCAAAUGCGAUUACAGAGAUUAAAACACCUGAAGAGGAAAUAUCAGCCUCUGAACCACUCGAUUCAUCAUCUUCUUCCUAUAAAGAUUCUAUAAAAUCCAAGUCCUUAUUCGAUAGGGAAAACCUUCCUCAUCUUGGUGAUGAGAAGAGAAAGAAAAGAGUGAUAACAGGGGUAGUGUAUCCAUUUGCAUUAGUGAAGCCAGGAGGAGUUGAAGGUGACUUGACUAUAAAUGAUAUCAAUGAGAGGAUCUUAAUGCCACCGACAAGGCCGGUUAGGCAUCCAGUGGGUGAUUUUGCUUGUAGGCCAUGUGUAUCUGCUGAUGGAACAGGCCUUUCAGGGAAAGCAGUGGUGGCCCUAACAAGAAUCCAUACUCAAGGGAGAGGAACGAUCACCAUUAUUAGAACCAAAGGUUAAAGCUAAAGUUUCACAUAUAUUCUGUACUCAAAUCAUUUUGCUGUGCUUACUUCAUGCGUUGUCUGUUUUAAAUUGUAUAGAGGAAAAGCAAAAGUUUAUAGAGAUGUAUGCGGUUGUAAAAUGGUUACCUUUUUUUUUUUUUUUAAACAGAGUUAUAGUCAGUAAUUUUAUGCAUAUAUGGUGGUGUGCGUUGUUUGCUUAAAGAUUGCAGAACCCAAUAACAAGAACAUAUCAUGAUCUGAACUCAAAUGGAAGUGUGUAGAGAGAAAAAGGGGGAAAAAGAGAAAAAAGAAAUAAAGAAAAAAGAGAGGAGAAGGAGAAAAAGAAAAAGUUAAUGUCCAAAAUCGACAGUGGAAAUAUUUGUAUGACAGAGACAUCAGUCCUUGGCAUGCCAAUGUCCUUCUGCCGUUCUCCAAUUUGGCAUCGUUUGGUACAAAUAAUACAUUGGUCCUAAAUCCUUAUAUAAGAUUAGCUGUGGGCAAAAGGGAGAGAGAGAGGAAGUGGGAUGUCCUGAAUAAACUGAUCAAUUUCCUCUCACCAAUAAGGCUGCUGCACAGUACCCUCAGCUUUAAGUGGGUUCUUCAGGUUGAGUUUUAAAAAAUGACCAACACUACAUCUCCUGCUUUGGAUCUAUUCUAUGCACAUAAUUCAAACAAAAAAACCUUGUCCUAUAGUAUAUUGUAUAAUUUGCCACAAAGUU